GUUUAAAAUAAUAGUAGACUUAUUAAACAUCCCGUGAAUUAUGACUACUGUUGGAGUCAGUGUUGGCACCGAUUUAUGAGACAUACGAGUGGUGUCUCAUAGGACUCAUUGUGGCGGUGAUCGCGUACUACUACUUUUGGUGGAGGAAUGCCUUAAGCUAUUGGAAGGAUCGACACAUUUGUGGUCCAAAACCCUUACCUAUAGUCGGAAACUACUUGAAUAAUGCCCUAAAAGUGCGACCAUUUGUGGAGAUGGAGUGGUAUAAGACAUACGGCAAAGUUUAUGGAUUAUACAUAUUAUCGAAGCCCAGGCUAACAGUGGCCGACCCGGAGCUCAUCAAACAGAUUCUGGUCAAAGAUUUUGACGCAUUUCGUAACCGACAGUCACGGCCCCGGAGUAAUGGACUGGUCCUCAAGAAUAUGUCCAGAGCUAGGGAUGACGACUGGAAACGGGUCCGGACUAUAGCCAGCCCUGCCUUCAGGUUUAGUAAAGUGAGGAAAAUCCCUGCCUUCAGGUUUAGUAAAGUGAGGAAAAUGUAUGGUCUUAUCAACCAUUGCUGCGAAGACUUUCUUAAUAACUUGGAUAAGGAUGUGUCGAAUGGUAUGAAUGAAGUGAAGUUGGGGCAAAUCAUGGGCGCCUACAGUAUGGAUGUGAUCGCCAGCUGUGCCUUCGCCACCAAAACCAACACAUAUACCGAUCCUAACAACCCGUUCACUACCAAUGCGUUCAAUAUAAUCAAUGUUGCCGUUUGGAAAGGGAUCGGCACUCUAACUGAAAGGAAAUUUUUCGUUGAUUUCACGCGAAGUAUAAUAAAGAAAAGGAGAGAUAAUAAGGAAAUACACAACGAUUUUCUGCAGUUAUUAAUGGAUGUCGAGAGACCUGAAGGAGAUAUCCGAGAGGCCGGUGAUGCCAAUGAAGCACAUCAUGUGAAUGAGGGUAAGGAUGAGAUCACAGCCAAUGCCGAAGCCUUCAGUGGAGUGUUUGAGAAGAAGUUGACUGAAAACGAGAUUUUAGCGCAAUGUUUGCUAUUCUUUAUCGCCGGUUAUGAAACAAUUUCAACCACUCUAUCGUUCUGUACGUAUGAGUUGGCCAUCAAUCCGGGACUUCAGGACAGACUCUAUGAGGAAAUCAAAGGUCUCUUCCCUUACAGGCAGCUUUAUCCUGUCUAUGCCAUACAUCACGACCCCGACCACUAUCCGGAUCCAUUUACCUUCAACCCGGAUAGGUUUAUGCCCGAAAACAGGGGUCAUAUCAAAGCCUACACUUACCUGCCUUUCGGAUCGGGUCCACGAAAUUGCAUUGGAAUGCGAUUCGCGUUAUUGGAGGCAAAGCUCGCGUUAGCGAAGAUCUCUCAGAAGUUCCGCUUCUCCAGAGUCACCGACACUGACGUCCCCGUAGUCUUCAAUAAGGGUCGCCCUAUAUGUCAGGCCAAACGGCUUGUGGUCGGCAUUCAGAAACGAUAA